GGAGACUCUGGUCUUUGACCACCAGACUCUUCAUUGUCUGAAAGAGUCGGAGGAGUCCCAGUUGGUCUUCUCCCCUGUUCUCUCUUUCUGAGAACACAGCAAAUGCAUCUCCAUGUUUGGAUAGACUCUUGGCAAGUUAAAAAUGAUGGUGCAGAGGAGAAGGGGGCAGAGUGGAUGUCAGAAACAAGAUGAACAGGAUUCAAAACGGCGACUUCUAGUGUACCCAGUAGGUGGAUCUGCUACUUUUAACGUAACAAUGACCUCAAAUGGGAAAAAGUAGCUUCAUUGAAACUUAUGGCUUUCCAGACUUCUAGAAUGGCUAAGCGUUAAUGGAGGGAGAAGCAUAAGUCGACCUUCCACUAUGGAGGCAGGCUUGGCAGACGGCGGAGACCCUGACAGAGCAUCGAUCAUGCCAUACUCAGAAGUUGCUGAAGUUCAAGAGACACUUCUUGGUGAUAGCAAAGAUGUCCUUGGGCCAUCAACUGUUGUAGCAAACAGUGACGAAUCUCAGCUUUUGACCCCAGGAAAGAUGAGUCAGCGCCAAGGGAAAGAAGCUUACCCAACACCGACUAAAGAGCCGCACCAGCCGUCUCUCAGUCCUGCCAGUCUUCACAGUCAGGGUUUCGAAAGAGGAAAAGAAGAUAUUUCUCAAAAUAAAGAUGACUCUUCACUGUCCAUGUCCAAGAGCAAGUCUGAAUCUAAACUUUAUAAUGGCUCAGAAAAGGACAGUUCAACUUCGAGUAAGCUCACUAAGAAAGAGUCUCUUAAGGUACAAAAGAAGAAUUACCGUGAGGAGAAGAAGAGAGCCACGAAGGAGUUGCUCAGCACCAUCACAGACCCCUCUGUCAUUGUCAUGGCCGACUGGCUGAAGAUUCGUGGUACCCUAAAGAGCUGGACCAAGUUGUGGUGUGUGUUGAAACCUGGGGUGCUUCUGAUCUAUAAAACACAAAAAAAUGGUCAGUGGGUUGGCACAGUCCUUCUGAAUGCCUGUGAGAUCAUUGAACGUCCAUCAAAAAAGGAUGGCUUUUGCUUCAAGCUUUUUCAUCCUUUGGAGCAGUCUAUUUGGGCAGUGAAGGGUCCAAAGGGCGAAGCUGUUGGAUCCAUAACUCAACCCUUACCUAGCAGUUACUUGAUUAUCCGAGCAACUUCAGAGUCAGAUGGAAGGUGCUGGAUGGAUGCCUUGGAGUUGGCUUUGAAAUGUUCUAGUCUUCUUAAACGCACAAUGAUCAGGGAAGGAAAGGAGCAUGACCUGAGCAUCUCAUCAGAUAACUCCCACGUGACUCUGUACGGUUUGCUGCGUGCUAACAAUCUCCACAGUGGCGACAACUUCCAGCUGAAUGAUAGUGAAAUUGAAAGACAGCACUUUAAGGACCAAGAUCUGUAUUCUGAUAAAUCUGACAAAGAAAAUGAUCAAGAGCAUGAUGAAUCUGACAAUGAGGUGCUGGGGAAAAGUGAAGAAAGUGAUACAGACACAUCAGAAAGGCAAGAUGAUUCCUACAUUGAGCCUGAGCCCAUUGAGCCUUUGAAGGAGACCACCUACAUGGAGCAGAGCCAUGAGGAACUCGGGGAGGCAGGUGAGGCUUCUCAAACGGAAACUGUGUCUGAAGAGAACAAAAGCCUUAUCUGGACUCUGCUCAAACAAGUCCGUCCUGGCAUGGACCUGUCCAGGGUGGUUCUUCCUACAUUUAUUUUGGAGCCCCGUUCUUUCCUGGAUAAACUUUCAGAUUACUACUAUCAUGCAGAUUUCCUGUCUGAGGCUGCUCUUGAAGAAAAUCCAUAUUUCCGUUUGAAGAAAGUCGUGAAAUGGUAUUUGUCAGGAUUCUAUAAAAAGCCAAAGGGACUGAAGAAACCAUAUAAUCCUAUACUUGGUGAGACUUUCCGUUGUUUAUGGAUUCAUCCCAGAACAAACAGCAAAACGUUCUAUAUUGCUGAACAGGUGUCCCAUCACCCACCAAUAUCUGCCUUUUAUGUUAGUAACCGGAAAGAUGGAUUUUGCCUCAGUGGUAGCAUCCUGGCUAAGUCCAAGUUUUAUGGAAACUCACUCUCCGCCAUAUUAGAGGGAGAAGCCCGGUUAACCUUCUUGAACCGAGGUGAAGAUUAUGUGAUGACAAUGCCGUACGCUCAUUGUAAAGGUAUUCUCUAUGGCACAAUGACACUGGAGCUUGGGGGAACUGUCAACAUCACCUGUCAGAAGACUGGAUACAGUGCAGUACUUGAAUUUAAGCUAAAGCCAUUUCUAGGAAGUAGUGAUUAUGUGAACCAAAUAUCAGGGAAACUUAAAUUGGGAAAAGAAGUCCUAGCUACUUUGGAAGGCCAUUGGGAUAGUGAAGUUUUCAUUAAUGACAAAAAGACUGAUAACUCAGAGAUUUUCUGGAAUCCGACACCUGACAUUAAGCAGUGGCGAUUAAUAAGGCACACGGUCAAAUUUGAAGAGCAGGAUGAUUUUGAAUCAGAGAAACUCUGGCAGCGAGUAACAAGAGCUAUAAAUGCCAAAGACCAGACAGAAGCUACUCAAGAAAAGUAUGUUUUGGAAGAAGCUCAAAGACAAGCUGCCAGAGAUCGGAAAACAAAAAAUGAAGAGUGGGCUUGUAAGUUAUUUGAACUUGAUCCACUCACAGGAGAAUGGCACUAUAAGUUUUCAGAUACCCGACCAUGGGACCCACUUAAUGAUAUGAUACAAUUUGAAAAGGAUGGUGUUAUCCAGACCAAAGUGAAACAUCGCACUCCAAUGGUAUGUAACAUAAAAGUUAGUGUUCCAAAAAUGAAGCAUAAACCAACAAGGCAACAGAAGAAAGUGGCGAAAGGCUAUUCUUCCCCAGAGCCCGACCUCCAGGACUCAUCCGGAAGUGAAGCUCAAUCUGUUAAACCGAGUACACGAAGAAAGAAGGGGAUAGACCUGGGGGACAUUCAGAGUUCCAUUGAAUCUAUAAAACAAACCCAGGAAGAAAUUAAAAGAAACAUUAUGGCUCUUCGAAAUCAUUUACUUUCGAGUACACCGGCUACAGAUUAUUUUCUGCAACAGAAAGACUACUUCGUCAUUUUCCUUCUGAUUUUGCUUCAAGUCAUAAUAAACUUCAUGUUUAAGUAGUCGUUCUCAACAGUUGGUCACUGAACUGGAAAGAUCAGAUUUGGCCUGGGACCAGUGUUCAAAUUGGUUUGCUCUUUAGUAAAGCAUCACAAUCUUUCUAAAUCCAACAAACAAAACUAGGAGAUAAAUGUAGAAGUGUCUGCUACUUUUCACAUCUCUGUCCUUAAGCAGAAACAAGAGCUGUUCUGUUUGGUUGUUAAAAUUGGCUAUGUGUUAAGUGCCAGAACACUUGUGUGAGACUGUGCCUACAUGUGAGUAUAGUAAAUCCACAUGUGUACACAAGAACUCUUACCUGACAGUAGUUUCUGUGUGCUACCGUAUGUUAGGAGAUAUUCUGAUACCAUUGUUCAUAACAGAAAUGCCAUCAAUCUUAUAAAUAUAUGUAUAGUCAACUAUUUUCUUCAGAAGACUGGCAUACAACCUUUAUUAAGGAAUUACAGUGGGGAAAUGAUAGAUAAUAGAUAUAUUAUGACUAAGUCAAUACAUUAUACUGUUAAAACCAUCUCCAAGGUAUCUAGCUCAGUUGUCUUAGAAACACCAAGAAAAAAGUGUGAGUGGUCAGAAUUAAUAUAUUGUGAGGAAUAAGUAGAAAGUUUUUAAGAGUUUACACAAGAUUUUCUAAUCUCUAGAACUUAAUGUUACACAUGUAGGUAUAUCCGUAGUUAUAUAUAUAUAUAAUCUAUCAAUAUUAAAGACUGGUCUGUAGCUACAUGGAGCUGUGUGUUACAGUCCCACCUUAAGUACUUGCUGACAAAUGGUCAAGUUUGUUUGCCAUCCUUUCCUGGUUUUAUUAAGUCAGCUAGUCUAGGACAUCAUCCAGAUGUUGUCCAGAUGUUAGUGUUUAUAGGGUAUGUGAAAUCCUGAUCAUUUGGUGUUUCUUUAUGGAAAACAUUUUAGCAUUCAUUUUGACACUGGAGUGCUCAGUGAGUAAAUAGAAGAGAAAAAUUCUAAUAUUUUACUUUAGAAGCAAAAAAAAAAAAAAAAGGCAGUAAGAAAAGACACUGCAGUGGCCUUUAUUUUAAGAACAUUAAAAUCAACUUGCUUAAAUGUGCAAUAAGUUGAGCAUUUGAGAAUAUGAAGUUAGGAAGUUUAUCAUCUCCUUCCAUCGUCCUGUUUCCAGCCACAGUUCUGUACAAGCCCUUUUGUCCAGGCUCAGGCAGGUUUUGUUACUAAAGGUUUUUGCCUAUUUCUUCAGUUUAAUAUUUUGACUCUUUAUUAUUGUCAAAAAAACCCCCACUUCUUUAAAAGGUUAAUUAAGUUUUGGGACAUGUCAUAAAAUUUAGAUUCCUCCAAACUACAGGUUACAGAAAGUUUAUACAGUGAAAAAUUCAGAAAGAGCUGUUGGUCUGGCUCCACCUGCCCUCAGCUAGGGAGAGGUUGAGGUGCAAGUCAGUCCACUGAGAUGGGGCUGCAGUCAGCUCUGUGUGAGGACUGCGAAGCCAAGAGAUGACUGCUUCAUUGCUGCAGCUGCUUAUAACUAUCUCCUGUACCUUCGGGUCCCACGAAAAGCCAUUUCCCACACAGUCGGUGUUAGCAAAACAGUGCUGUACUUCAUAGGAAAAUAUUUUAAACUUUUAACAGCGUAAGCAAGGUGUACCUGUCUCCAGUAUUUCAUUAUUAUGGAGUUUGGGGUUAUAUUUCAUAUUUGUCAAUAUAUUUUUUGUAUUUCAUAUUCUACUACCAAUAUUUUGCUCAACUGCCUGUUCAUUGAUGUGAUAUUUUGUAAAUAUUGUACAACUUGAUCUUUAUAUGAUUUUAAAUUAGUAUUAAUUUAUAUUAUAUAUAACUUAAUUGGUUGAUCACUAAAAGUUGUUUCAUCGUUAAACCCUGAGAUGUUCAAUUGUUGGUGACCUGCCUUAGGGCUCUGUCUUACUCCUUUGUAUUGUCAUAUGUGGUCUGAACAGUGCUUUAUUUGUAUUGGCAUCUGAGACUGGAAAGGUAGUUGUUUUGUUUUUUAAUUUCACUUCAGAGCUGAUGUUAAUGGGUCCUUCCUUACCCAAGGAGUCAGAAGCUAAUGAACAGGGUGACUUUCUUACACACUGAAAGCUAAUGUUCAAUCAGAUGUUUCUCUGACGCUUUUAGUUGUAGGAGUUUCUUUCUGUGAACUGAAUACAAAACUCAGGAACUGGUGGAUUCUUCUAGAAGUCCUUUGAACAGUGUAGAGUUGACCUUGAGUCUAGCCAGACUGUGUGACCUGACUUUGAACAUUCUGAUUUGAGGGUUAUCUUUCUUCAGAAAUGGUUUCAUAUUGUGUGUGACUCACUCUUGCAUACUGUCUGAAAACUCCACGCAGUUUGUGACGCUAUGACCAGUUUUCUUCAUUUACCUAAAACCUUGUUUGCUCACAUGAACAUUUAGACGAGUAGUAAUAAUUAUUGACAUUUUCAUCUUUCGGGUGUUAAAUGUCUUUAGUUGUCCCCCGUUUAGAGAGACGUUGCUGGUUAGGAAAUACAGUCAUAGGCAUACGAGAUGUUAGUGUGUUGCAGCAGUGGACGUUUAACCAGUUCUUAUUGCUGCUUUGUGUGUGUGUGUAUGUGUGUGUGUGUGUGUGUGUGUGUGUGUGUGUGUGUGUGUGUGUAUGACUUAGAAAGGUACAGUGGCCAUCUGUGUCACAGCUCAGUUGACAGCUGCAUUCCAUUGAACAGCUGGCCUCGUAAGAUACAAUCCUCAUUUCCUAUUUCAUGCUUUUGUGCCUUUAAGGAGAUACUUUUAUUAUUUUGUGUUACAGAACUACAGUGUGUUCCAAGUAUUCGUGGGCUUAUUUGUCACGAAAGGUCAUUUCUCUGUGUCACUUUAUUUCCUUUUCUAUAGCUGAAGACGAUGUAAACAGUCAUGCUGUACUUUUAUAAGGGUUUGUCUUGUUACCGAUUUCAAAUAUAUUCUUACUCAGACAUCAUCGAAGUAAACUUAAUUCUGAGUAUUGUAAACAGUGCCUUUUUGAUGGAAUUCACACUGUUUUGGGUGUCAACGCGUGCCAUAUUCACAGAACCUUGUGGAAGGCAGUUUUAACUUUUUGAAGAAUAUCUUCAUCAAAUUUUAAAAAACAAAUGUAUAAAAUUCCAUCUUUUUCCGGUGUUUAGCAUUUCUAGUCAGCAGUAAAUAGUUUUGUUUUGCUUUCUUGUCUUAUGUACAGGGAUGAUGGCAUAAGAUGAGCCAUACAUGAGCCUACAGGUUACUUUGAAUUAUGUUAAAUAUAAAUAAAAUGUUCAUGUUUAUAUCAAACUUUCCAAAUUGACCUAUAGGAGGAACUCCCAUAAUUCAGUGAGUUUACAUUAUUUGACUACCUGUAUAAAGAGAUUCUUUAAAAUGUAAACCUGCCACCUCUGCAUAAGUUGGUUUCAUUUUGUUACGUACUUUGUGGGUUUAGUAUAUCCACUUUUUGUUACAAUUACAAUACUAUUUUGUUACAAUUUUUAAUUGAAGAUGGACUGUUAAAAUUGUACAGGACCAGGGUCUAUUAAUAAGAUUAACAUACUUAGUGAGAGCCACAGGAAAACCUUGACAAAAAUGAAUGUGUUUAUACUUUAUGAAGUAUUUAGAAAAAUUAGCCUCUUCAUUUAUCAUGAAAGUUAUUUUAAUACCAUAAUAUUGAAACUCUUUAUUUGAAAAAAAUUGCCAUGAAACCUUUGAAUGAUGAGCCACAGACCUUCAGUUGGGUUUAUAUUCACCUUUUGGCAUGUAAAGUACACAUUUAAUUUUAAAUACAUCAGUUAAUGGCUGUUUAUAAAGUCAAGAACUACCACUGGUCAGUUUUGUAUGAUAGGCAGUAAGUGUGUUGUUACCCACAGUUUCAGUUAAAUUCUCUUAAGGUGCAUAGUAAAUGUAUAGAUAGUCACAGGCGGUUUUGUAAUGUAUACAUUUCUAAUCUAUUAUUCCUAACCUGUCAUGUUUGCAGAGAGAAAAGAAUUUUUCUAAUGAUCUGUAAAAUUAUGUUAACUUCUACAAGUAGGUAUUCUAAAUAAACUUUUUUUUAAAAGCAAUCUGA